AUGAAUAUGUUAAGAAAUACACCCAUCACUGUGGUGCCUCCUCUCAUCUCUAAAAUAUCAACACUAUCUGAUUCUAAGGAAAGGGAGAGCCCUCUUCAAACCUCUUCUCCAAUGGCUGAAGAAUGGAGAAGAAGUAAGCCCCUAAAGAAAAGCCAUAAGAGUAAGAAACAAGCCGAUAUGAAAGUGGAGAAGCCACCUACUUUGAGAGCCUUCAGAAGCUUCUUCUCAUGCAAGGACUACCAAGUAGUGCAAGGGAACAAGAGGAAGUGCAAGAGGAUUGUGUGCUCUGGUUCUCUCUGUAGCUUGAAGGACAGCUCAAGUGUCAUAAGGCCAGAAACAACUUCCCCUGAGGUCUACAAGAAAAUGGCUUCUAGCAGAUCCUUCAAAACUCCUCCCAAUGAGACCAACAGAGCUGUUUCCACCUCCUGUUCUUCUUUUAAUUCUUCUGCUUCUAUAACUGCCCCUUCGUCGUCAUCAUCAUCAUCAUUAUCUUCAUCCUCUUCUUCUCUUGGUGGGUCUUUCAGAGGAAAGCAUCUGAGAAGGUUUUCUGGUUGUUAUGAGUGUCAUGUGGCACUUGAUCCUACUAAUGGGGUGUCAAGGGCUCCUUCUUCUAUCUGUCCUUGCCCUGACUGUGGGGAGAUUUUUAUGAAACCAGAGAGUUUGGAGCUUCACCAGGCAGUUAGGCAUGCAGUAUCAGAACUAGGUCCAGAUGACACAAGUCGAAACAUAGUAGACAUAAUAUUUCAAUCAAGUUGGCUCAAGAAAGAACCUCCAAUGUGCAAGAUAGACAGGAUCCUAAAGGUCCACAGCACCCAGAAGACCAUAGCUGAAUUCGAAAACUACAGAGACUCCAUAAAGAGUAGAGCUAACAAGGUAGCAAAAAAGCACCCAAGGUGCAUUGCUGAUGGCAAUGAACUCCUGAGAUUCCACUGCACCACCUUUGCAUGCUCUCUCGGCCUCAACGGCUCCACCAACUUGUGCCAAUCAGUUCCACAAUGCCAUGUGUGCAGCAUCAUAAGAAAUGGAUUUAAGAUAGACAGUCUUGGAAAGAUCCAAACUAUGGCUACCAGUGGCAGGGCGCAUGAUAUGGCUCAGAUUGCAUCAGAUGAUGCAAAAAGGGCUAUGUUGGUUUGCAGAGUGAUUGCAGGGAGAGUGAAGAAGAGCCAAGAUGCUUUGGAGGAAUGCGAUUCAGUCGCCAAUCAGGCAGGAAUUUACUCAAAUUUGGAUGAGCUCUUUGUAUUUGAUCCUAAAGCCAUCCUCCCUUGUUUUGUUGUUGUUUACAGUGAUUACUAGAGAUCUCUGUAGGUGACUUCUGUGUGAUGGUUUAACUUAACAAGCAGGCUUUGUUUAAUUAACUCCUUUGUGGAAUCUCAUAGGUUGCAUAUUUCCUU